ACAUGCUGAUUGAUGUACCAGUACACUCCAUAACGAAAUCAAUGCGCGCAUGGAUGAAGAGUCGACAAUGGAGGGCUUCUUUCAGGAGUCUGUUAAUGACCCCACUGAUUACCUGUUCGAGGGGGACUUGGGCUUGCAGGCCCCUCUGCAGCUCCAGGACCCCUCCUUCCUCAACAUGGGCGGUGGUGGGCGGCAGGACAGCAGCAAUCUCACUGAGGACCUGGACCUCAGCUUCCUACCAGACGAGCUCAGCACACAGGACGAACCAGCGCAGGAUUCACAGCAACAGCAGGACCCGGCUUCAUCAUCUCAACAUGAGCAGAGCCAGAACGACAGCGGCGUCUUCACAGAGGGCACACCGGUGUCUGCGGAGGGGGCAUCACAGGCCAUGGCUGCUGGGCAGACCUAUGACGGCACGUCGGCGGCACCUCAGUUCUACCCCAUGACCCCCAUGACGCCCAUGACACCCGUCACGCCUCUGACCGAGGCCAGCAAUAUUGUCCCCAUGCUACAGAACAUUGUAUCAACAGUCAAUCUGCACUGCCGCCUUGACCUGAAGUACAUCGCCCUGCAGGCCAGGAAUGCUGAAUAUAACCCAAAGCGAUUUGCUGCGGUCAUCAUGCGGAUCAGGGAGCCCAGGACAACAGCACUCAUCUUCAGCUCUGGAAAGAUGGUCUGCACAGGAGCCAAAAGUGAAGAGCAGUCCAGGCUGGCUGCCCGCAAGUAUGCGCGUGUGGUGCAGAAGCUGGGCUUCCCCGCCAGAUUCCUGGAAUUCAAGAUCCAGAACAUGGUGGGCAGCUGUGAUGUUCUCUUCCCCAUCCGCCUGGAAGGCCUUGUGCUUACCCACAGACAGUUCUGCAGCUAUGAACCAGAGCUCUUCCCUGGUUUGAUCUACAGAAUGGUACAGCCACGCAUCGUGCUUUUGAUUUUUGUAUCAGGGAAAGUGGUACUGACAGGGGCCAAAGAACGAAGUGAGAUUUAUGAGGCCUUUGAGAACAUCUACCCAAUACUGAGGGGUUUCAAAAAAGUCUGAAGACUGUUUGUACUGUGAAGAGGUUCGAUCUCAUGUCUUCCAUAGCCUACUUCAGAAGCUUCACUUGAAGAAUUGUUUCUGUUUGUUUUUACUGAUGUUUGAAAAGUGUAUAGGCCUAAGUGUCUUAUUUGGAACUGCCAUAAUGUUAUCAAAAUAUUGUUUUGUGAUUUACAUGUUCGUUUGUUUACUUUUUUUGUAUGUGCGUACUGCUUUGUCAUAUUACAACUUUUCUGAAAGGUAGGCAAAUAAACAACCAAAUAAAUCAGAUAAAUGUGA